CAGCACCCCGGGGGGAUCCAAUUGGCGUCGUUGCGACAACUCUCUCUCUCCCCAAAACUAAACUACUAAUUGCGCCUGAAUAAUAAAUCAGCAUCACCAUCGUACUACCUGACCCAGUCUAAACUGCAUUGGUCAUCUCUCAGCCUUCUAAGUCAUCUGCUGUCCAGCCUCCUUGGCCUCAUCUGCUGCCCUACAACACAUAUAUCCGGUUUCAACUUGCCAGGCCCUUUUGUUUCUCUUGUCACUCCUUGUCUGCCUGCGCACUCCCCAAAACCCAAAAUGUCUAUCAUUCUCGACCCGCCCGAGUUGGGCUUCAAACGCCCCUUCAAUCGUGAAGUCUGCCAGGUCCUCCAUCUCAAUAAUGACAAUCAGGAACCCGUUGUUUUCAAGGUUAAAACGACCGCCCCGAAACACUACUGUGUUCGCCCGAACUCGGGACGGAUAGAGCCCGGAAGGACUGUGGAUGUCCAAGUGUUGCUACAGGCCAUGAAGGAGGAACCUACCCCAGAUGCCAAAUGCAAGGACAAGUUCCUCGUUCAAACAGUCGCCGUAACUCGGGACAUGGAGUUUGCGAACGUCACUUCUAUCUUUGAAAAGGCGUCCAAGGCUUCAAUCCAGGAGCGCAAGAUCCGCGUGAACUGGUUGUCCGCAGAGGAGUCCCCAGCCGUUGAGCAAGGAGAUACGAAUGGUGUGAAUGCACAGGAUGACGAACCCCCUGCCUAUACUUCCCCUGCCGCAAAUUUCCAAACCCCUGCCGUGGGAGCCGCCAGCAAAGUGGCCAGCGACACGUCACCGAUCCCACCGCCUGAUUUCAGCGAUAAGCGGGACAUUCCCACCCCACAGGCCACUGAAUCCACCACCAGCUCUGCAAAGGCGGCCAUCGCAAGCGCUAUUCCAACUUCGGGUGAAGACCUAAGUGCACAGCUUGCCGAGGCUAAGGCUCAGAUCCAGAAACUGAAAGACAGGCUGUCAGACCAGGGCUUGAGGCAGAGAAAGAUCGGCGGCGAGACCGAAAAGUCAGCUACACCAGGACUGCAACAACAACAACACGCUCAGUCCGUCGAGCCCGGUGUGCCGGUGCAGGUGGUGGCUGGUUUGUGCCUGCUAAGUUUCUUGAUUGCGUACUUUUUCUUCUAGUCACUGAUCUUUCCCUUCUUUAUCUUUUCCAUUUUCUUUUCUUUUCUU